CUUUAAGAGGAAAACAAGAAUAUAGAAGAACAAAAAGAACUUUGCCCUUUUGACGUCAGUGAUAGAAACCCAAAACGUCAAGGCUGCUACUUGCUUUGAAAUAUUUACCUUCUAUCACACGAAUACUUUAGAAGUUUUUUCCAAACGCACAGGAAAAUCUCGAAAUAAACAGAAAACGUUUGUACAAGUUGAAAGAAGAGACUAGAUUUAGAGAUGCACUGAUAUUUCAACUCUAAUCAACGUUCUCUUGGAGCUACAUUGUAUCGUAACUAAUGCCCUUGUCAACACAGAUUACUGUCUCCAAAAACCACAUAAGCUAUCCUCUGAAGACAUAACCCAUUUUUCAAAGUGAUUUGAGAUCAAAAGUCAAUCUACAGAUAUUGAAUCUACGUUACAUUCCUUCUGAAGACGUAACUCUCUCUUGAUUCACUCGUCGUUACUGAAGCUACUUGUUCCAUUUAUAUAAGAUAAAGGUUUCGUAGAAAUGACAACGAAAAGGCUGUUAAAGGUUGUUUAUCUGUUGAUAUUGCUGUGGCCUUUAUCGGAGGGUAAAGUGAACGGAGAACACGUUGUGUUAUGUAACUCCGCCUCUGCUAAUGCUUCAGUAUACUGCACCUGUGAUGAAGAAGGAAUGGACGAAGCAACCGACAUUUCCUGCUACAUAUUCGGUCCUGUGGAUCACAACAACGAAAUCUGGAAAGGAUUCAGCCGACAGAGCAGAGUUAAACAACUUUCGUUUACCUCACGUCCCUCUAACCCUCUAGAGUUCGUCCCCCUGGAAUCCCUAGCGAGAACUCCAUUGGUGGAAGAACUUUACAUAAAGGAAUCGUCUUUAGGAACUUUAAAAAAAAACAGCUUUUCUCACAAAAAACAUUUGAGAACAAUUAUAUUGGAAAGAAAUGAAAUACGAGGCUUAGGAAAACAUAGUAUUUCGAACCUUCCAGUUCUAACUAAACUUUCACUUAGCGAAAAUCACAUUCAGGAGUUAAGAAAAGGAUCGUUUUACAACUUACCUCGUUUGACCUUUCUCUUUUUGGAUAGAAAUAACAUUACAUGGAUUGAAGACAAUACUUUUGUCCACUUACCUAACCUGUCCGAGUUGGAACUAUGGAACAACCGGAUUAGCCAUCUGAGUCAGAACAGCCUUUCUGGACUCGUAAGCCUUCGUCGUCUGGACUUGUACAAAAACAACUUAGCUGUUUUAGGAACUGACAUUUUUAGUGGAACACCCAGACUUCAGGAACUCGACCUGAAACAUAACCAAAUUUCAGAGAUUAGACCCCGUGCUUUUAACGGUCUCAAGUACUUGACCACGCUUCAGCUAAACCACAACCGCUUAAAGGAACUACCCAAUCAUGCUUUUCUGGGAGCUAUGAACCUUAGAUUUCUAGAGAUUUCUGAUAAUCGUCUAAAAUACGUUCAAGCUUCGAUCGUCGAAGAUAUGAAAAACGCUUUGACUGAACAUUUCAUUUUGUAUUUCAAAGGUAAGAUAAUCCAGACUAUAUCGUGUGUUUUCUAAUAGUUGUCCUGUCAUCUCAGAAACGUUUAUUGGUUAUUGAGUCCAGAAUAUAAAACUCAAAUAAUAGCUUAAGAUACAUAAAUGUUGAAAGUUAGUCCAGUUUCUUUUUCUUGUGGAAUUCAACAAACAUAUUGCUUAUGU